AUGGAUCCUGCUAAAAUGAAAGUAGUAGACCUUCGGUCCGAGCUUGGCGCUCUAGGUUUGGACACCAAAGGGAAUAAGCCGGCUUUGGUUGAAAGACUGAAGAAAGCUUUAGAAGCUAAAACAGGGAAAGUACUAGCAGAUACAACAAUUUUGGACACAUCUACCGAGGAUGCAGAUGAACCUGCCACUCCUAGGAAACCUGCUCCAGCAGCUAGAACAACUAGACGAUCUUCAUCUUCACGUCUCGCAGCAACACCAGCUAAAGUGCCUCGCGAGGAACCGCCUGAGCCGAUCGUCGAAGAGGUGAAAGAGGAGCCCGAGCCGGAACAGGUCCGGCAACCGGACCCGGAGCCUGAACCUGUUCCAGUACCGGCGCCGGUGCCAGCGCCCGUGCAGAAGAAGUCGUCUGAGGAACAACCGCUGGAGGAGCAGCAACAACCGGCCGCUUCGGAGAUAUAUUCCAUUGAUGAUGACAAUAGUAGUCAGUCUCCAGUGAUGAUAAAGGAAGAGGAAUCUGAUGAACCAAUGGAAGUCCAAGAGGGUGAAAAGAAAGAAGAGGCACCUGCUUCGGCAGAGAAACCGGAGAAAAUGGAAGAAGAUGAGAGUGAGAAAGGGGAUGAUGCGGAAAAAGAAGAACGGCCUCGAGAAUUGACAGAAGAAGAAGAAUGGGAGCAACUCAACGAGCGGCUAAAGAUCAGAGAACAAGAACGCUUGGAACGAGAGAGGAGGCAAGCUGAAGAAGAUGCCAAGAAAUUGGCCGAAGUCAGUGAUAACCCCGUGAAAUUAAACCGCCUAAAACGCAAGCGAGAGAAGAAAGCUAGAUGGAGUAACUUCUACAAAACAGUUGAAGUCACCAACGAAAUGCUGACUCCACCAGUAGAGAGUGAAGUCUUAAAAUCUAAGAAGGAUGCAGUAGAAGUCAAAGUGCCUGAGCCAGAAUUGAAUGAUGAGAAAAUUACCUUGUCUUGGUAUGACAGCGACUUGAAUCAGUACUUGGAGCUGCCAGAUUUGAAUGGGGUAGUGCCGUUGAGCGAAGGGGCCUUCUCUUACGCUUGGGCUGGAUCAAGAGCUUCUCAUGGAAUUACUAACGGAAGAGUUUGCUAUGAGGUUCGCGUAGGUGGAGUGGUGACCACUACGGAGAGCUCGGAGAAAGAACCUAUUGUUUCUGGUCUGAGACUCGGAUGGUCCACCGAUGAUUCCACCCUGCAUCUUGGUGAUGGCGAGCAUAGUUGGGGCUACGAGAGCUCAGCGCGCGCCGUAAACAACUGCGAGUUUAAAGAAUACGGACAACAAUUGCACGAGAAGGACGUUGUCGGCGUUUAUCUGGAUCUCGAAUCAACCCCAUGCAAGAUCUCGUACACAGUAAACGGGGUAGAGCAAGGCGUCGCUUUCGAAUUCCAAAAGGAAGCGUUGGGUGGAAAAGCUUUAUUCCCGCACGUACUUACCAAGAAUAUGUGCUACAAGGUCAACAUGGGAUACGACAGGUACAACAUGCUGUCUAAAACCAAGAUUGUACGUAAUCGCAUUGAGAUCCCCAUCGAGCAAGUCAUUGAGGAGAAAAAGAAGAUCGAAGAUGAACUGCAGCGGCAGAAGGAGGAGAUCGCCAGAAAAGCGAGGGAAAGACGGGAGAGGGAGAAGAAGGAAAGAGAGGAGAGACAGAGGAAGAAGAGAGAGGAACGAGAAAAACUAGAACGCGAGCGUAAAGAAAAAGAAGCUCAAGAGAAGAAAGACAAGGGCGAAGAAGUGAAAGAGGCAGAAGAUGGAGAAAAGGGUGAAGAGAAAGAAAAAGAGGCGGACAAAGAAAAAGAAGGAGAGAAGGAAAAAGAGGCAGAAAAUCAAGAUGAAUCAACCAACAAGGAGGAUGAGCAGCCAAAGGAGAACGGUGACAAGGACAAACCUGCGGAAGAGAGCCAACCAGAAGUCAAAGCUGAACCGAUGGAGACAGAUGCUAACGCGGAAGUCAAAUCCAAGUUGCCAGAAUCGACGGAAGGUGAAGUCCAAGAGGUGACCGAAGAGCAAGUGCUGAAAGGUCAAGUUCUUUUGGACAAGCGUGUUAAGUUCGUUAUACGGUAUACCGUAGACGAGGAAUUGGACGGCGUAGAGGCUUGCUUAGUUCCCGGAUACGCGUUCAUCUGCCACGCUGUUCUAACUCCCGGGCCCCGGCGACCCGAAGACAGGGCUCAAUGCGAGGUUAUCCUCAUGGUGGGAAUGCCUGGAUCCGGCAAGACCUACUGGGCGAAGCAACAGGCGGCCGCCCACCCAGAGAAGAGAUACAACCUCGUCUCUACAGGCGCUCUGUUCGAUAAAAUGAAGGUGGACUGUAAGCCCUUCCGAACCAGCUACGAGGGCCGGUGGGAUGCGAUGGUCUCCAAGUGCGCUAAAUGCGUGCUAAAGUUGUUGGAAAUCGCGAAAGGACGCAGGCGAAAUUAUAUCCUGGACCAGACGAACGUAUACCCGUCGGCCCAGAGGCGUAAGCUGAAGGAGUUCGACGGUUACCGGCGAGUGGCCGUCGUCAUAGUGACCGAUGAAGAGACGUACCGCGACCGCCAGAAGCGGCGGGAGGAGGCCGACGGCAAGGAAGUGCCCGACGGGGCCAUCGUGGACAUGAAAGCUAACUUCACGUUGCCGGAGAAAUGCACGUGGUUGGACGAGGUGCUUUAUCCCGAAUUGGGUGAAGAGGAGGCGAAAGCGAUCGUGGAAGCUUUCCACAAGGAAGCAAAAGCGGCGGGAGUGAACAAAGAUAAGGAAAAGAGGGAACGCUCCGCUUCAAGGGACGGACCGCCGUCUAAGAGGGCCCGCGACGAUCGCAGGCAUCGGGAUGACAGACGCGGCGGGAACAGGGACUUCCCCAGAGACCGUGAGGACCGCUGGGGCGGGGGAGGUGGCGGCGGCGGCGGCGGUGGAGGCCGCUGGGGCCCGGUCGCCCGCGGUGGCGGCGGCGGCGGUGGUGGUGGUGGCAGUCGCUGGGGCGGCGGCGGCGGUGGCGGAGGUGGCGGCCGCGGCGGGGGCGGUGGAGGCCGCGACCGAGGCGGGCCGGGGGGACCGGGCGGACCGCCUGGCAGGUUCGAUCGAUGGGGACCGCCUCCUAGAAACAACGACUUCGGCCGCGACCGUGACGACUUCCGCGGCGGGCGGGGCGGGCCCCCAAUGCAGGGCGGGCGCGGAGGGCCCGGCGUCGGGGCGGGCGGGCCGGGCGGGCCUCCCACACAUCGCGGGCCGGGCGGGCCCGGGGGACCCAGCGGCGUCGGGCCGGCCGGGCCCAGGGACCGGGGCAUGGGCCCGCAGGGAGCCAACAUGCCGGACAGGUUCCGCGGACCGGACAGGAAUAGCAGGGGACCGAUGCCGCCCGAUAAUAGAAAGAAUGUGCCGCCUCCUGGUAACAACCCAGCGGGCUCAUGGCAACGAGGAAACCAAAUGCAAAACAACCGCGGCAGUGGCCCACCGCGGCCCCAUCCAAACAACCCGCCCCAACAACAACGGCCCCCCAACCAAAAGGAUGGCGGUGGUGGUGGUGGUCAAAUGCAACAGAGCAACCAGAACCAAGCUCAAAACCAACAACCGGGCUGGAACCAGUGGGCCGGCGGGUGGGGCGGCUGGGGUAACUGGAACCAAAACCAAGCUGGUUGGGGCAACUGGGGUAACUGGGGCGGUUGGAACCCCAACGCUGCCGGGGCAGGGGGCCAAUCUCAAAACCCGGCCAAUACUAAAGGACAAGGGAAUCAAAUAACCCAAGGUGGUGCCCAAGGGAACGCCCAGGGAGGUCAAGGGGCCCAAAGUGGAGCUCAGGGACAAGGGAAUGCUCAAGGACAGCAAUGGCCGGCGAAUUAUACCGCUCAACAGUGGUAUCAAUGGCAGCAGUGGCAACAGCAACAACAAGGGUGGCCGGGGCAAUAUCAACAAGGAGGUGCUCAACCAACUGGCAAUGCGGCUGAACAGGCGUGGGCACAAUAUUAUCAGACUUACGGCGCUGGUAACGCGGCCAACGCCGCCGCGGGCUCCACUGUCGCCACGAAUAAUGCAGACAAGAAGUGA